UUGACCAGCCAAGUUCAGAUCCCCGAAAACCUUUCCACCAUCACCCGCCGGGGCGUGAGCCGGAUCAUCUCCGAGGAAGACUUCACCGCCAUGCUGCGGCAGGGUCGGCCGCUACGGCUGAAAAUGGGUUUCGAUCCCAGCCGGCCGGACAUCCACCUGGGCCACGUGGUGGGGCUCCGUAAACUGCGGCAACUACAGGAUCUGGGCCACCAGGUGAUCCUCAUCGUGGGCGACUGGACGGCGCAGAUCGGGGAUCCUUCGGGCCGCUCGGCGACGCGCACCAUGCUGACGCACGCCGAAGUCCUCGAAAACGCCGAGUCGUACAUGCGGCAGUUCUUCAAGGUGGUGGACCGCGACCGGACCCAGGUCGAAUGGCAAAGCCAGUGGUUCGGAGAGUUCACGCUGGCCAACGUGAUCGAGCUCACCAGCCGGUUCACGAUCAACCAGUUCCUGCACCGCGAGGAUUUCGCCAACCGAUACUCGCAGAACCAGCCCAUCGCGAUUACCGAGAUGCUGUACCCGCUGAUGCAGGCCUACGACUCGGUGGUCAUCGAGUCGGACGUGGAAUUCGGCGGGACGGACCAGAUGUUCAACCUGCUGGUGGGGCGCGAGCUGCAGGGGAUGAUGGGGCAAACGCCCCAGCAGUGUUUCAUGAUGCCCAUCCUGGUGGGGACCGACGGCGUGCAGAAGAUGAGCAAGAGCCUCGGCAACUACGUGGCGUUGGAAGAACCGCCGGAAGAGAUGUACGGCAAGCUGAUGUCCCUGCCCGACGAGUUGAUCACGUCAUACUACGAGUACCUGACCGACGUGCCGGACGCGGACAUCGACGAGAUGACGCAAGCGAUGAAGUCGGAAACGGCCAACCCGAUGGAUUUCAAGAAGGGGCUGGCGCAUCGGAUAACGACCACCUUCCACGACAAUGAAGCGGCUGACGGCGCCCAGUCGAAUUUCGAGCAGGUUGUGCAGCGGCGGGACAUGCCGGACGAGAUGCCGGAGGUUGCGCUGGCAGAAGUAUACGGUUUGCCGAUCCACCGCCUGCUGGUGCAGACCGGGCUGGCGAGCAGCAACGGCGAAGCGCGGCGUCUGCUGACCCAGGGCGCGGUGGAGCUGAUCCGCACGGACGGGCAGCGGACGAGCGCGUCCAUGGGCGACGAGCCCAGCCUGAACCCGGGCGAUGUGGUGCGCGCGGGACGGCGGCGGUUCGUGCGGGUCGUGGAGUAA